UUGAGCAGCUCAGCUGAGUCGCCGAGGAGGAGCUGGCUGCCCGUGGAAUGGCCUCAGCUUCAGUGCCGCCACCACCCGAAGACGACUCUCUACUGGACCCUCUGCUCUUUAGUCAGCUUGGGACUCAGCAAGAUAUCCACAGUCGCUUCGAGGAGGGCCAUUUCGGUGGAUUCGGUCCGCAGCAGCAACACAACGACCAGUACUAUGAAGGAGACACGCACCUCAAGCAGAGUAGUUACUUCAGCAAAACCAAGCCACAUAUCCAAACUGCUCAUUAUGUUGAGUCACAGCCUUCAUCGUCUUCUUGGGGUGUUCCAGGGGAUGGUUUCACUGGAGGCAGC